UAUCGAAAUAUAUUUUAAUAUAAUAUGGAAAUCUGGACCAUUCAUUUUACUGAAUUUAGAUCAUCGAAUUUAAAGCAAGGAAGGUGUACAUAUAUCAGUUGAAGAAACUGAAAAGGAAAAAAAAGUGUUAGUAAAAAUGGAGAGUGAAAGAGAAUUAUUAUUUGUUGAAGAAAACCCAAGAAAGGGUGGUCUUAGAACAAUACCAUUUAUCAUUGUGAAUGAAUCAUUUGAAAGGGUUGCAAGUUUUGGUUUACAAUCGAAAAUGAUAAUCUAUUUGAUGACAUAUUAUAACAUGAGUGCUGCAACUGGAACUAGUAUUCUUGGACUAUGGAAUGCACUUUCAAAUGGAUUGGCUCUUUUUGGAGCAAUUAUUGCUGAUUUUUACUUGGGUCGGUAUAGGGCUGUUGCCUAUGGAUCCAUCUCCACUCUUAUUGGAAUGAUAAUUCUAUGGCUCACAGCGAUGAUUCCACAACUCAAGUCUUUAUCUUGCUCUGAGAUCCAUCACGUUUGUAAUGGACCAACAACACUCCAACUUGCUGUUCUGUUUUCGUCUUUAGGGUUUAUGUCAAUUGGAGCUGGUUUUGUUAGACCUUGUUCUAUAAUAUUUGGUGCUGAUCAAUUGGAAAAUAAAAAGAACCCCGAGAACCAAAGGAUUCUUGAAAGCUAUUUCAAUUGGUACUAUGCUAGCUCAGGGGUUUCAACGAUUCUCGCAGUUACUCUUAUCGUUUAUAUUCAAGAUCUUUAUGGUUGGAAAGUUGGCUUUGGUGUCCCUGCUAUCCUUAUGUUUUUGUCCGUCUUAACGUUCCAAAUCGGUUCUCCUCUUUAUAUCAAAGUGAAAGCUAAAACUACUGAAAACUUGGUUAUAGGAUUGUUUCAAACAGCUGUAGCAGCUUUUAGGAAAAGAAAUACCCGUCUUUCAUCGACUAACUAUGAUGAAUUGUAUCGUUGGCCACUUGAAUCAGAGGUCUUGCCUCCAUCAAAGGACUUUAGGUGUUUAAAUAGAGCUUGCAUAAUUGAAGAUCCUCAACGAGAUUUGAAUCCCGAUGGAUCAGCUUCAAAUCCAUGGAAUCUGUGUAGUGUGGAACAAGUUGAAUCACUCAAAGCUCUUAUUAAAGCACUUCCUAUGUGGUCUACCUGUUUCAUGAUUUUCGUGGAUAUGAAUAUAUUUUCAUUUUCCUUGCUUCAAACCAAGACGAUGGAUAGACACAUCUUCCCUCACUUACAAGUACCAGCAGCAUCAUUCAGUGUGUUUAUGAUUACUGCUUUAACAAUCUGGAUUGCUUUCUACGACCGUGUUUUGAUCCCUUUGCUAUCAAAAUAUACUGGACAGCCUAGAGGGCUAAGUCCUGUUACCAGAAUGGGGAUUGGGUUAAUAGCUUCCGGUAUGUCUAUUGCAUUGUCAGCAAUAACAGAAAGCAUAAGACGACAAAGGGCAAUAGAGGAAGGACAUGAGGACGAUCCAAAUGCUUUAGUGAACAUGUCUGCUAUGUGGUUCGUGCCACAGUAUGCACUACUCGGAGUAGCUGAGGCUACCCAUGGAGUCGGACAGGUUGAGUUUUUCUACGCUUUAUUUCCCAAAAGCAUGUCCAGCAUUGCCUCAUCUAUGUACACUGUUGGGACUGCUGUGUCGAGUUUGCUUGGAAGUAUUCUGGUGAGUAGUGUGGAUUGGCUUUCAUCAACGGGAGGUAAAACGAGCUGGCUUUCGAGCAACAUUAACCAGGGUCACAUUGAUUACUUUUUCUGGUUGCUUUCUUUCUUCAGUUUUCUAAACUUCUUAUAUUUUCUGCUUGUCUGUCGAUUUUAUGAAUCUCUCAAUGAUGGGAGGAGUAGGUCAUCUCAUGUGGCAAAAGAGAAAGAAUGUGAUUAUAGACUCUUGCAUGAAUCUUGAUGUUAUAUGUUGGAGUGCAUUGUUAAAUGAUGCAAUUAGUACUAAUUAUUUUAUUAUUAAUAAAUAGUGUGACCACAGUUCUAUUCUUU